AUGCGCUCGUUCUCACUCACCUCGGUGGCUGUCGCUGCCCUGUCGGCCGUGUCCGGCGUCAACGCCAAACCGUCUAGAACUCUCCCCGAGCUGGCCAACCGUGCGGCUUCACUCCCCACGGUCACGGCCUCUGGCAACGCGUUCUGGGCUGGUAAGACGCGUUUCUACAUCCGUGGUAUUGAUUACCAGCCUGGUGGCUCGUCUGACUCCAAGGACCCCCUCGCCGAUUCCGACAUCUGCAACCGUGACAUUGCUGAGUUCAAGAAGCUGGGUGUCAAUACCGUCCGUGUGUACAUCACCGACAACUCCAAGAACCACGACGCCUGCAUGAACGCCCUGGCGGAUGCUGGCAUCUACGCCAUUCUCGAUGUCAACAAUCCCCUGUACUCAAUCAACAGUGCCGAUCCUGCGCCUUCUUACAACGCCAAGUACCUGCAGAGCGUCUUUGCCACCGUCGACGAGUUCAUCAAGUACUCCAACACGCUGGCUUUCUUUUCUGGCAACGAGGUUAUUAACUCCACCGCUGCCUCCACCCUCUCUGCACCGUUUGUCAAGGCUGUCACCCGCGACAUCCGUCAGUACAUUACCGAGCGUGGCUACCGCAAGGUCCCUGUUGGCUACUCGGCCGCCGAUGUGUCGCAGAACCGCAUGCAACUGGCAGACUACAUGAACUGCGGCACUGACGACGAGCGCAGCGAUUUCUUCGCCUUCAACGACUACUCGUGGUGCAACACCGACUUCACCGUGUCCGGCUGGGACCAGAAGGUCAAGAACUUCACUGGUUACGGUCUUCCCAUCUUCCUCUCCGAGUACGGCUGCAUAACCAACGGCCGUGACUUUGGCGAGGUUGCCGCUCUGAUGAACAAGGAGAUGACUGGUGUCUACUCGGGUGGUCUCAUGUACGAGUACGCUCUGGAGGUCAACAAGUUCGGUAUUGCCUCGAUUGAUGGCUCCAGCGUCAGCGAGCUGCCGCAGUUUACCAAAUUCGCCAGCGCCCUGAGUGCGAACCCGGCCCCUACUGGCGAUGGCGGCUUCACGUCAACGACAAACACCCAGGCCUGCCCCACCAAGGACGCCGACUGGCUGGUCGACUCGACCCUGCUGCCUGCUAUUCCCGAAGACGCAAAGGCGUACAUGAAGAGCGGCGCCGGCACCGGGCCCGGCUUGACGGGCAGCGGCUCGCAGAAUGCAGGCUCCACCAGCGUCAGCAUGGCCGCGCCCGGCUCUGGUUCGAGCACCGCGUCGCCCACCUCCAGCAAGAACGCCGGCCCUGCCACUGUUGGCCCCAUGGACAAGAGCCCGGUCAUCGUCUCAGCUAUCGUUUUCUUUUUCUCCCUUGCCGGUGCUCUGGUUUUGUAA